GGGGGUAAACAUAUGGACUGGUUAUUCCAGACUGUAGGCGAUUGGAUCAGUGUGGUCCUUUGGAUAUCACUUGGAGAGGCGACUGUUUUCAGCGGCGCGCACAUCGAUUUGCCCAAGGCGUUUGGCAAGAGUCCGCGUGUAAAUUCUGACAACAAAACAAGGAAGCGACGCGGAUUAAGGCUGGUUUUAUCGGCACAGGAAGAUAAAAAAUAAAUAGAUUUUUUUGUCUUAAACAGAAGAUUAAAUCCUGGAUAAUCUUCAUCCCAGACUGCAACAAACGGACACAUAGAAGUUCCCACUGGAAUAUUUUUUGUAAAUGUUUAUUUUUCCGUACGGUAAAUACAUUCAAUGCCCGGAAAAGAAAUCUAAUAUUUCAGUGAUAUUGACAACGCCUUGUUCUGAAUGUUUAUAGCUGCCCUUAAACGGCAAUCACCCAUCUUGCUUGUUGCUAAUCUUUCCAUUAGCCACUACAUACAAAUUACGUUCAUACUGACACGUGUUUGAAAGCAGCUUUGCGUAGAUGAUAAAGAAAGCAAACGUGGAAAGCUGAAUUUAUGUAUACAUAACAUAUAAACUGUCAUUUGAGAUCUGACUGACGGGUGCCCAUAAGCGCUUCUCCAUCAGACAGCCGAGCAUCGCUGUUCAAUAUUUGCUCGUCAUAGCGAGAACAUCUCAAUAAGCAGCAUGACAGAUGGACCGAGACAAAGAGGCAGCGCCGCGGCGAGCAGCAGCGGGGAUGGAGCGGCGGGCGCAGGGACGGCUGCAGGAGAGUCGUCGGUGGCUUUGAAGAAGGAGAUUGGUCUCGUCAGUGCUUGUGGUAUUAUUGUUGGUAACAUCAUUGGAUCUGGAAUCUUUGUCAGUCCAAAGGGAGUGUUGGAAAAUGCCAGUUCAGUGGGCCUGGCUCUCAUCGUAUGGAUCGUUACAGGUGUCAUCACAGCAAUCGGUGCGCUCUGCUACGCCGAGCUGGGUGUCACUAUUCCCAAAUCCGGAGGUGACUAUUCUUAUGUCAAGGACAUCUUCGGAGGGCUGGCGGGGUUUCUGCGGUUGUGGAUUGCUGUGUUGGUGAUCUACCCAACAAAUCAGGCUGUCAUCGCUCUCACCUUUUCCAACUAUGUUCUGCAGCCCCUGUUUCCCACCUGCUUCCCCCCUGAGAAUGGGCUGAGGAUACUGGCUGCCAUCUGCCUGUUACUCCUGACAUGGGUGAACUGCGCUAGCGUGCGCUGGGCAACACGAGUACAGGAUAUCUUCACCGCGGGGAAACUCCUGGCCCUCAUUCUCAUCAUCAUCAUGGGCAUCGUGCAAAUCUGCAAGGGCGAGUAUUACUGGUUGGAACCGGCCAACGCUUUCGAGCCAUUUCAAGACUAUGAUGUUGGUCUGAUCGCUCUGGCAUUUCUACAGGGCUCAUUUGCCUACGGCGGCUGGAACUUCCUCAAUUAUGUCACGGAGGAACUGGUAGACCCAUAUGUAAACCUCCCCCGUGCUAUCUUUAUCUCCAUACCCCUUGUGACUUUCGUGUACGUUUUUGCUAACAUUGCUUACGUCACUGCCAUGAGUCCUCAGGAGCUGCUGGCUUCUAAUGCUGUUGCUGUGACGUUUGGUGAGAAGCUGUUGGGAGUGAUGUCAUGGAUCAUGCCCAUCUCUGUGGCCUUGUCCACAUUUGGGGGGGUCAACGGCUCCCUUUUUACAUCCUCUCGGCUGUUCUUCGCGGGUGCACGUGAAGGCCAUCUACCCAGCCUACUGGCUAUGAUUCAUGUGAAGCGCUGCACCCCUAUUCCGGCUCUGCUCUUUACGUGUAUCUCCACGCUUUUGAUGCUGUGCACUAGUGACAUGUACACACUCAUCAACUAUGUGGGCUUCAUCAACUACCUCUUCUACGGUGUCACUGUCGCCGGGCAGAUUGUGCUGCGUAUUAAACAACCAGACAUGCACCGACCAAUUAAAAUCAGUCUGGUGUGGCCUGUCAUCUACCUACUGUUCUGGGCUUUCCUGCUGAUUUUCUCCCUGUACUCUGAGCCGGUGGUGUGUGGCAUUGGCUUGGCCAUCAUGCUUACUGGCGUCCCUGUUUAUUUCUUGGGCGUGUACUGGGAGAACAAGCCUCAGUGUUUCGAUACAUUUGUUGAUAAGUUAACAUACCUGGGACAGAAGUUCUGCGUAGUGGUUUACCCAGCAGAAAACCAAAAAAAUGAAGAGUGUGAAGAAAUUGAGCUAAAGGAACAAUCAGCUCCACUGUCAGAAGAGAACAGAGACACCCAAAAGUCAGCUGACUGCUGAACAGACACACAGACACACUCUCAUUCACUCACAUACCUGCUGCCGGUCUUAUUGACACUGGAAAUCAAACUCAGAUUGUUCACAUACCUCUAAGUUUGUUUUAGGCCUUUCCAGCUUUGCCUGGUUAUAAAGAGGGGGUUGCACUGGAGUGCAGUGGUUAAGCUCAGGAGAGAGACUAAAGGCUGCUGACUAACUGCUGUAGCAGUCUUACACGUUCUGUGUUCUCUCUAGUUGCCAGUAUCUGAGCAAUCGCUUCUAUUGGCUGUGCAAAAGAAUUAAAACAUUACAAUGCUUGAUAAAGCUCUAAAGCUAUAGGAUGUCUAUAAACACUGUCUUGCAAAGGUCUGAAGUGGAAUUAAAAUGUCUAAAACAUUCUGUUCUAUGAGUUACAGGGUUGAUAAUCUAGGAAUUAGAAUUCCAUUCUGCAGAACUAUGGUUUAACAUAAAAAUGCCGAACUACAACGUGGCUUCACCUGAAAUGGCAGGGUUUUAUUUAUUUAUUUAUUAUUAAGUACAUUCUAAUGUUCUAAUUCUUACACCUCUCAUCCCCAUCUUUAUAACUCCUUUUUAUUUCAGAACUCUAAUUUUACACUUUAAAUAUGAAAGAUUUUUAUAUGCCAAAACUGUAUUUUAAUUUGACAACCAUGUCAUUUUUUACACUAAACGCUUUUAAAAUGUUUUUUUUGUUGCUAUGUAAUUUUGAUAUGUGUGAUCUUAAUAUGACCAUGUUUCUCUGUCACUGUAAUAUUACUGUUUUACAUCUUUUUUCAUGAGUGAUAGCUCUGGGAUGUCUUUUUGAUCAUAUAUUCCAGUCGUCAUGGGUCAGGGUUGAUUUUAAACAGGUUACUCUGGUUCUUAUACAAUUCAAAGUAUUUUAUUUGCCUUUAUAUACUUUUGCGUAAACCGGUAUGAAGUUAUUGUUAAUGUUAUUGUCACUGUCAAAAAAUAUUUUUGAAGAUAAAAGUGUUUAACAAAAACAUAAAGAGGCCGUUGUGAAGAGUUGUAAUAGUAAAUUCAUUUUAUGUGGACAUCACUGAGGCUGUUGGUUUAGCAAUCACAGCCAUAUCCCCUGAAUUAACUUUAUGCAAUUUAAUUAUUUCAGUUAUUCUCAUUUUAUAUCUAAAUGUAGAUUCACUGUUGCAGAAAAGUCAGGUAAUAUGUUGAAAAUAGAAAAAAUGGAAAUAUAUAAUGUAUAGCCAAGUGCGUCCGUAAUACUGAUGUAAUGCUGGGUAAAUCAGAUAAGCCAGUUAACAUGAUCGUGUAGAUGGACUAUAGAUGUUAAUAUAGAUGCAAAACAAGGGACCUUUAAAAAAGGCAAAUCUAUUAUUUUAAUCACAGCCUGGAUGAUUUUAUUAACACACUUAACAAUAAAACAAAAAUGUACAUUUUAAUUUCAUUAAAAUUUGACAAAAAUAUAUAUGCCCAGUUAUAGAAUUCAUGACUAAAGUGUAUUUAAAUUGGUAUUAAAAUGCUGUUUCGUGUUCAGCCACGUACGGCUUUUAUGUAAAACUUUGGAAAAGUGCCAAUUGUUUCUUUCCCAAAUCUGUAAUGUGUCUGUUCUGUAAAAAAGCAGUAGAAUAUUUAUUCCAGUGCAGUGUAAUUCAUUUUGCAUGAGCUUGUUCCCCCAACAUUCCAGAAAUACUAUUUCAAAUGAAAUCUCUACCCCUCCCUCAGACAAUAAAAUUUAUUUUAGUUCCUCUCAUCUAUUCAGAUCACGAGAAGAGUUGUUGUACGUAUCAUCAAAGGUGCCGAGCAUCUUUGGUGCUGCUCCUGAGCUGUGCCUCAGUAUCCAGCACUGCCUGCUGUGCCCUACACACAAUGUUUUAUAUAGUAGACAUUGCUGAAAGUGCUGCAAUUAAAGGCUUUUUCAUACACAGUCCUGACUGGCUUAGACUAUCAGCCCACAAACACUAUUGAACGGGGGAUUACUGAAGGCUAUGCAGAAUGAGUCUUGCACAUGGUUCAUUAGUAACAAAAGAUUGAUGCUAAUAUUAUAUUGAAUGUCCUUGUCACAAAGAUAUAAAUCAAUAAGUGAAUAACUUUUAUACAUACUCGUAUUGCGAUAUGUGCAGUCUGAAAUGAUAAAGCUCAAAACACCACUGACAUCUAACUGGGGGUGAACUGUUUUUACGUUUCUUAUCAGUUUUGUAUUUCUUUCAACUGUACAUAUUAAAUAACAAAUAAAUCUAAGCUGAACCAAAGAAAAUGAAUCUUAUUGUCUGCAGACAUGCCAUUUAAAAAGUAUACUACAACGCCCUCUACUGUAGAAACCAUGGAUCAACGUUUC